AUAAAUACAAGCCGAAAACGCACUGACUAUACAUUGCCAUUGGUCAUCACCAAACCGACGUUUCACUGGAUAAGUGUUGAAGUAUUAUAUUUAAACCGUUCCAUUUGUAUUAUAGGUAAGCUGAACGUUUAUAUUGUACAUUUACAGUAUGUAUAGGAAUGUGAUACUUGAUUUCACAGUAUAGUUUCACCUAGAAUUGCUUUCUUUUAAUGUCUAUCCUUAUUUAGUAGUUUAAUCUCGACCUGGUAGUGAUAUUAUUCUAGCUUUAAACAAGUUCACGACGACGUUUAAGACGGCCCUGCAGCCUGCAGCGCAGAUCGAGGCCGUCUGUGAAUUUUAAACUAGAAUUUUAUUAAAUGUUCAAGUACUGGAAAUAAAUUAUACGAAACAUGCACUACAACUAUACCGCAUAACUUGAUACCAGCAAAAGCGGUGUUGCAUGAUUAUUCAUGAAGGGCAAGCGAUUUAUUUCAAAACUGUUACAAUUAAUAUUUAGGUUACGAUCGACAAAAGAUACUGUAAAACAUAAAAGCUUGCUUUUGGUAGAUUAGAAGUACUGUCCUCCUCUGUAACGUGUAUAAAUGGCGGUAGUUCCAGAGGGCAAUGCAUUUUGUUUCCGGAGCGAAUAUUCUACACAGACGUUGAAACUAGUAGCGAAAAUUAAUUGUGUUGUGUUGUGUUGUGUUGUGUUGUGUUGUGUUUAAAUUGUGUUGUGUUGUGUUGCGUUGUGAUGACAAUUAUGUACCCAUGUCCCAUGUGUAUGUUUAUUAAACUUUACUCUUUUUCAUGUUAGCCUGCGAUGAAUUCUGUAUAAAGAGAGCAGAUGUACAGAGAAUCAUCCUUUUUGAGCAUUUCAAGUAUAGUUAUGAAUUUUUAUCAGUUCUUACAUUUUGUUUCAGCCAUGCUGUCAGUUUUCUUUGCUGUUUUUGUCACCACUGUUGCUGCUUUUCCACAGCAGAUUGUUCAGCGUGGCGUCCCUCCACACGUUUCCGGAGGCCUUCCUGUUGCAGGCGAAGUGUGGGGACCAGUCAUCACUCAUGCCGGAAAGAUGCGGAAUACUAAACGUGGUCUCGCCCAUAAAUACGCGUAUUCGACACCAAGGAAAGAAGAUGUGCUUGUUGAUUAUAUUCUACCGAGUGAAAUUUUUCAAAACGAGGAUGAAAUGUAUGCGCACGUACAAUCUGUCGUGAAAGACGAAGAUGUUGUUAUCCAGUCUAAUCCGGCAGUCUUGGAGGGCAAGUACCUGGAGAUACUGACCACAAAGACUCUGCCAUCCGAUAAAGUCAAGAUAACUUGUCACAGUUACAAAACCAAACCAGCGUUCUGCCACAGAAUAAACGAUGACCAUAAAGGCACCCAGCACAAGGCCAAAAUGAUGUACAGUAUGGUUAAAGAAACAAGCAGUGGCAAAACCUUCCCAUGCGUCUUCUUCAGUCAUCAAGGCUGCACUGAAAAGAAUAAUGAGGAUUCAUGUUAUUGGGUUACACAUAUCAAUGAAGUUGUCAUCAUCCACAAAUAUUUUAUUUGAACCAAUACAUCACACUUGACUUUCAUAUGUAGAAAACGUUCUUUCUCUUGAACAGUUAUUAGUUUCUAAAGAGUAGAGCUCUAAACGUUUUUCAUUAACAUUACUUCAUUAUCAUGCAGUUAUAACGCAUGUAUUGUUGGAAAUCUGGCUUUUCAAUAAUACAAUUAUAAUUCCAAAAAGCGUUUUUGCUUUAGUCGUUUAAUUUAAGCAAUAUACAGGGUGUCACAAAAUACCCCUAAACUAUUGAAAUAACGUAUUGUUAGAACUUGAAUGCCCUAGCACUAUGCUGAACUCAAAGAUGCGUAAAAUAUUGACAAGGUGCAUAUAUAAAUUAUAAAUAUUGACUUGUUAAGAAAUUAAAAUAUCUUUGUAAGACGCACUCUGUUCUGACUUGCCACUUGGGAAUUUAAAGCAGCUUCUUAAACAGUUUCUUUAUGCAUAAAAUUUACUUAUGUGAAGCAGUUUUAUGUACUUCUGGUUUUGGGUUCAGCAGAGUGCUGAGGCAUUCAAAUUCUAACAAUACGUUAUUUCAAUAGUUUUGGGUUUUUUUGGGACACCCUGUAGUUCUGUCCUGCAAUAUUAGACCUAAACUAAAUUCAUUCGAAUUCUUUCUUAGACAUAAUCGAAUUAUUUUGCAUUUGUCAUAAUUUAUAAGUACAUACAGCUGUGAUACAGCAAUAAGCACGAAGCUAAAAUGAACGUGUUUUGCAUUGGGUAUUGUAAGCAAAGAGCAAUAGGUUGGUGAGGGUUUGUGACUUGUUCUCUAGAAAAUCUAUUCUCUUGCUUAUUGGAGUUUCAUUAAUAAUUCAUCAUUUACAAACUGAACCCAUUCCUAUGGCUUCGUGUUGAAGCAGACCUACUAAAUAAGAGAAAACUAAAUACCAUGCAUUAAUAAGUAUAUCAACACCACUCAUUAACCAUUUAAUAUCUAAUUCAAUGAUGUACAAAACUACAUUUGCAUAACUGCGCGUCAUUUCUUUCAACUUCAAAAAGCAGUGAAGUAGCAUCAACAGAAAAUGUCGAGGUUGAUUCAAAAUCAGUUUUGUUGAAUUAUCUUUCUAUAUUGCUGCCGAGCCUUAGCGAGGCAGCACACUAUUCUCGACGGUACCAGUCUCCGUGCGCCGAGUUUAGUAGACCAGCUUGAAUCUCGAUUUUUUGUGCUUGUAUGUCAGCAAUUCAGGG